UAGUGAAAUAUUUAUUAAUAUUAAGUUAUAAAAAGUAUAAAAUUGUAUUAGAUAUUUAUGUAACUAUAAUAUAUAUAGGGUAUAUUUUAAAAUUAAAACCGAAGGGCGAGCAAAACAAAAUCAAAUGCACGCGUAUUGUGAUAAUCGCUGUAGUGUUGUUGUCGUUGUUUUUGUUGUUGUUGUCAUUGUUAUUGUUUGCUCGCUGAUCGAAAGUUUUCGGCAUUCUUUGUAAGCGCGGAAGUUCGAAGCGCGUUGCCGGGUUUUUGGUUUUCGGUUUCAGUUGCGUCCGCGACGUUCAACGCUAAAGUUGACCAAGCAAGUGGAAGAUUCCCCAACCGGAUUUCACUUUAUGCAUUGAUUUCGAUUUAAUUUUGAAAACGAUUCAAAUUGGAGUAUUGAAAUGGGAAGACGUUGGCUAUUGGCUUUAGGUUUAUGCCUGCUGAUCAGCAGGACGCAGGCGCAGUUUGGUGGCGAGGAGGAUGAGGAAGAGGACGAAGAGGAGGAGGAAGAAGAAUGGAGCAGUGAAGAUGAAACAGCCGAGGAGAAAUUGCAACGCAAAAACAUCAAACAAGACUCAAACCUAACUGUGGAUAAAUUAAUUGCCAAAUAUGGCUAUGAGGCGGAAGUGCAUCAUGUGACCACCGAGGAUGGCUACAUUCUAACAAUGCAUCGCAUACGCAAUCAGAAUGCUCAACCCUUUCUGCUGCAGCAUGGACUCGUUGAUAGCUCGGCGGGUUUCGUUGUCAUGGGUCCCAAUGUGAGUCUGGCAUACUUACUUGCCGACCACAAGUACGAUGUCUGGCUGGGAAAUGCUCGUGGAAAUCGUUACUCGAGAAAUCACACCACACUCGAUCCGGAUGAGUCCAAGUUUUGGGAUUUUAGCUGGCAUGAGAUUGGUAUGUACGAUCUGCCAGCCAUGAUUGACUACAUUCUAAAGUCGACGGGCUUCAAGAAGCUGCAGUACGCCGGACACUCUCAGGGCUGCACCGCAUUCUUUGUCAUGUGCUCCAUGCGUCCGGCUUACAACGAGAAGGUCAUCUCCAUGCAGGCGAUGGCACCGGCUGUUUAUGCCAAGGAAACCAGCGGUCAUCCUUACAUACGCGCCAUCAGCUUGUACUUUAAUAGUCUUGUAGGUAGCGCUAUUACGGAGAUGUUCAAUGGCGAGUUUCGUUUUCUUUGCCGCAUGACCGAGGAGACGGAACGUCUUUGCAUCGAAGCUGUGUUUGGCAUUGUGGGUCGCAACUGGAAUGAAUUCAACCGAAAAAUGUUUCCCGUGGUGCUGGGUCACUAUCCAGCCGGAGUGGCAGCCAAGCAGGUGAAGCACUUCAUACAGAUCAUCAAGACUGGCAGAUUUGCACCUUAUAGCUACAGUUCCAACAAGAAUAUGGUGUUAUACAGAGAGCAUUUGCCGCCACGAUAUAAUCUCAGUCUAGUCACUGUGCCCACAUUUGUGUACUAUUCGACCAAUGAUUUGUUGUGUCAUCCGACUGAUGUGGAAUCAAUGUGCGACGACUUGGGCAAUGUGACGGGCAAAUAUCUGGUGCCCAUGAAGGAGUUCAAUCACAUGGACUUUCUCUGGGCCAUCGAUGUGCGAAAGCAGCUCUACAAUCGCAUGCUGCAAGUGCUGGGCAAGCGUCCACAGGGCAAAGAUGCCGAGGGUGAGGAACUCUCGACAAUGGAUGUGGAACGAAGUCGAACCCAUAGAAGACGAGGACGAGCUAGCUGGUAGAGACCUUAGAUUUAAUAUUUAUUUAUUUAUUUGUCUUGCUUUAAAUAUGGAAUAGAUAUUUGCAUAAAAUUGCUGCGACUUUAAAUAUGCAAAAGCUUUGCUCUAAGUGUGUUUGUGCAUGGACUUCGACCGGAAACGGAAGUCAAGUGUUGUGUGUUUCGUUUUCUGCCCAGACAAUCACUUGGCCCAGAAACUAUAGUAGGAGAUUUGCCAGCAACAGUGAACAACAGCAACAGCAGCAGCAUCAGCAACAGCAGCUGCAACAACAAGCAGCACAUGCAUUUCUAAGCAGAUUUCCUUAAGGAAAUUUUCUAUUUUCUUAUGCACAUGCCAUUUUCUCAACAGCAGCUGUUGCCUCUGUUUGCUGCUGCUGUCGUUGCGGCUCUUGUUUUCUUGGCUGACUUCCUUGAGCUGCUUAUGCUUUCAGGCCACCGAAUUCUUGACAUUUGCAUUCUACAGUUUACCCGACCAACGGACGACCAGCAAAGUGAAAAACUGUGUUCAGGGCGUGAAAAC